AAUCUGUGAGCGCGGCGGCCGGGGAUGUAAACAACAACACACGGGGCGCGGGAGGGAGCCUUGCCUGCCUUCAUUAUGGACAUCACGGCGGAGAUAUCCAAGCUGAAGGUGUCCGAGGAGCUCUUCAAGGACGUCAAGUACCACAUCACCGGCUCCGUGUCCCCAAAGGUGGUGAAGCUCCUCAGCGAUGGGGGCGCCAAGCAGGACGCCCACAUCACCGAUUACAUGACGCACCUCAUUACGGGCGAGGACCCCGACGAGAACGAGAUCGGGGAGGUGAAGGAUAUUUACGAGAAGCCGGUGGUGACGGAGCGAUGGGUCGUCCUCUCCGCCAAGUGUGGGAAGCAGCUGCCCUGGCCCGGGUUUUCUCCUGACACCACACAGAUCUUUUCGGGGGUGACUGCGUGUGUCUCCCAGCUGGGGCUCGCCGACACCCUGGCUGUGUGGGCCAUGGUGACCUACCGAGGGGGGAAGGUCACGCUCCAGCUCAACAAGUCCUGCACUCACCUCAUUGUCGGGAAGCCUGAUGGGGCCAAAUACAAAUGUGCCUUGGAGAAUGAGGACGACAUCAUUAUCGUCACACCAGACUGGGUGCCGGACUGCAUGGACGAUGGCACCCGAAUUGACGAGACCGAGUACCACCCACGCCUCUUAAAGCUACCGAAGUCCAUGGCUAGCCACGCGCUGCAGCCCAGACCGAGGGAACACCGGAGGAGGCAGACCAAGAAGCAGCAGCAGCAGAAGGCGGCGGAGGAGGAAACGCCGAAACCAGAACCCCCAAAACCGAAGGAAAUGCCGAAGAAGAGGGAACCAGAGAAGGAGAAGAAGUCCCUGUUCGAUAGCAUUGAGUUUAGCGACGAGGAGGAGGACUCGAAGAAGGGACUCUCGCUCCUCGACCAGCUCAAGAGUUCGCAGACGUGGCGCCAACCAAGCACGAAGCCCACCAUGACAACACGAGCCUCUGCCGCUGCCGCAACCGUCAACACACCACCAGUGCAGGACGUCAAACCAAAAGCCCCACUCAUGGCCCCUAUAUCGGCGAAGGUCGUGGCCUCUCCCCCCCCUACGGCACCCCUGACCCCACAACCAACCGUCACCCAAAAGGAACCAAUCACGAGUGGCGACGGUCCCCCUCAGCCUCCAACCGUAAGUCAACCAAGUCCAUCUACCUCAAUUUCGGCAUCUCAAUCUCCACCGAUUAGCAAAAUGUCGGACUUGCCGCAGCCUCAACCUCAAGCUCAAGUCGUAAGCUCCUUGGCAGGACCCCGGACCCCUCAGACAACCUCCGCUAUGCCUGUUCAAACUCAGAGUCCGGCACAGCUCCCAACACCUCCUCCUCCUCCGCCUCCUCUUCCACCAUCCUCUGUAGCAGGAAUGGGAAUGGGCGGUGGUCCUCUUCCUCCUCCUCCACCUCAUCCUGUCUCUGUCGCCAUUGAUGUGCCUCCUGUCGCGAUGCCUCAAGGCAUGCCCCCCAGGUCCGUGGCUCCCCCUGGCCCUCACCUCAUCCCCCCUGGUGCCCUACGCCCCAGCCUACCCCAUGCACAACGCGGGCCACCCCCAAACCUCCCGAGACUACCCAUGACUGCCGCGAGAGCCACCCCACCGUCACAAUCCCGUGGCACCCCCCCAAACACAUCCCGAGCCACACCCCCCAUCACCCGCGGCACCCCCACACCCCCCAUCACCGCACAGGGUCCACCACCCCUUCCAGCGUCACGAGGCACCCCUCCUACACAGCAAGCCAGAGCGACCCCUCCGACAAACGCUCGUGGGACACCUCCUAUGAAUGCCAGAACCACGCCGCCAGGCACUCAACGAGGAACGCCGCCCACGAGGGGGGUGCCGCAGGGUAUGGCGAGGGGGCCCGUGCCUGGGGUGGGUGCGCCAGGUCCCCGGGUACCCACUAUGCCGCUGACGAUGACGGGUCCAACUGUGCGUGCCCCCGGAGCCGUCUCCCAGGUGGCCCCCGGAGCAGUGUCCAGCCCUAGUAUGCCCAGUACCAUGCCUAACCAGCAGGUGCAUACGGUAAGACAGGUGGCCAUCCCAGGGGCCGUGGUGCGCCUGCCUCAGGGGGUCACGCCUCAGCAGCUGCAGAUGAUGACGCCAAAUGACAGACAAACAUUCCUUCAGAAGCUGCACCAAAAACAGCAACAGGAGCAGCAGGCGCGGGGCAAGCCACGCCUCGGCAAGCCCCCCGGAGCACAGUACAAGCAGGGCAUCCGCUAUGCCGCCCCUGCUGGCAUGCAUGUGCAGGGCGGCCCCCCGCCCCCCGGCACAGUGGUGUCCACCUGGCCCAGCGGCACCCCCACCACCCCUGGCAUGCGCCCCACCAUGGCUGUGGCCCCCGGCACCGUGGGCGUGGCCUACCCCGCCGGCCAGGUGGUGCGGGGCCAGGCUCCUGGGGCUCCCCCCCUGGCCUCCCCCGGCACCCCAGGGGAGGGUGUACGGCCAGGGUGGCCCGGCCAAGGGCAGCCCCAGUACCAGGGCCAGCACCCACCACCAGGCACCCGGCUUGUUGUGGGUCAGCCCCCUGGGUGGCAGGGGCAGCAGCAGCAGCAGCCCCCCCAGCAGCCAGGGAUGAGGCCCCAGGCACCCCCUGCCCCCAACCAGCAGCAGAGCCCCCAGGGGCUGCUUCCCCAGCACAUGCAGCAGCUGCAUCUCCAGAUCCAGCAGCUGUGCCAGCACUUCCCGCACCUGUCGCACCAGGAGGCCUCGCAGCUCAUCCAGCGCAUCCCGGCACACUUUCGGCACAUCCAGCAGCUGGACAACGCCCAGCGCAGCGAGUACCUGGCCCAGCUGGACUCCAAGGAGCGCCAGGUGGUGACCUACUUCAUCCUCAGGAAGCAGCAGCAGCAGAUACUGCAGCGCCAGCAGAUGCUGCAGCAACAGCAGCAGCAGCAGCAACAGCAACAGCAGCAACAGCAACAACAACAACAACAACAGCAGCAGCAGAAGGUGGGCACCCCCCAGCAGUCCCCCCACGCCUGGCAGCAGCAGCCCCAGCCUGGCCAGCCGCCGCCGCAGCAGCCACCUGUGCAAGGCGCUCAGUACCUCCCCAUGUCCCCCCUCGGCAGGCCCAUCCCCGGCCGGCCCCUCCCCCAGGGCUACCCUGGGUGCCAGCCGGCGGGGGUGGUAUCCCCCGGCCAGGGCUCCCCCCACAUGGUGGCCAGCGGGCAGCUCACACCUCAGCAGCAGCUCACCCCCCACGUGUCUCCCCUGGCCUCCCCCCACGGCCACUCCCCCAUCCAGCGGCCCGACGGCCCCCUCAUGACCCACCCCGGUGCCAUCCAGGGCUCCCCUGUCCCCCAGGGCCUCGUCAGCCAGCAGAACCUGGUCAACCCCAAGACCAAGACUGCCCUGGCCAUCCACCUCACCAACCGCCUGGCAGGGGGCGUGCACCAGCAGGGGGUGAUGCCCCAGGCACCCCAGCCCCCCCAGCCACCCCAGACCCCCAUGGAGGUGCCGGCACAUGUGGUGCAGAAGCCCGGCAUUCCACAGGAGGCCGUGCAAGUGCCGGGGGGUGAGCCAGUGAUGGUGUACCAGCGGCGCGCCCUGGGGAACAUCACCGGGACCGUCACGAACAACCUGGUGCGGCCCAACGUCCCCGCCACGCCCGCCGGGGUGGUACCGGGCCAUGGGUAUCCCCGCCCGCCCCCGCCUUCCCACCCCGCAGCCCCUCCUCCCGUCAUGGCCCCUGCUGCCCCACACUACCCACGGCCGCAUCUUGUUGGCCAUGAUACCAGUUUCAUGUUGCCGCGGGAGCUGUGUCUGGUGGGCUGCGUCUUCUACAUCGCUGACUACCACGGGGAGAUGACCGCGCGGACCAUGCAUGUCUGGAAACGGCUCAUCCACCAGCACGGAGGGGAGGUCGUGUCCUUGUAUGAGUCGGCCAAGGUGACGCAUCUCCUCUGCAAGCACCAGAAGUCGCCUGUGUUCAUGCAGGCGGUGAGGGAGAACAAGCGCUGCAUCACCGUGUUCUGGCUCAACGAUGUGCUGCUCCGAGGGAAGAUGGCGCCCCCCUGGCAGGCCAUACACCUCCCCACACCCUUUGCGAAUGACAACCGUCCGUGCAAGGAGCUCAUCGUCAGCGUGAGUGGGUUCGAGAAGGAGGAGCGGUCCAGUAUUAAGCUGAUGCUGCAGCUGGUCGGCGCCAAGUACACCGGCUACUUCUCCCGGCACAACAACCUCCUGGUCUGCAAAAAGCUGGAAGGGGCGAAGGUGACGAAGGCGCGGGAGUGGAAGCGGCCUGUGGUGAACGGAGUGUGGCUGAGCGAGGUGCUGCUUGGUCAGAACACUCCGCCGCUGGUCUACCACGGCACACGCUAUCAACACUACCUCGAUGACCCGCUAAGGAUUGACCCCUCCCUGGCCUCCCACCUCUUCAACGCCUGGAAGUACCCCAUCAGCGUGUCCAAGGAAUCCGUCGAGAAGGCGAAAGCGAUACGUGAAAUGGCGCUGAGGAAGAGGAAGGCUGAAGUUGAGGGCGAGGAGAACAAGAGAACCAGACUCGACCCUCCGCCAGUGCCUCAUCUCAGCGCCACACCGACACCCCCAACCCCUGUGCCGCACCAGCUUACCGCCCCAGGACAGCUCCCUGCGCCUGCUAAUGGGGUACCUCCAGGGCCUCUACCACCCGGUGGGACCUUGCGGGGGAAUCUGACGGUCAUUAAUAAGGAGUUGCCGCCAGAGGAACAGAGGCCGCGGAUAAUUUUGUCGUGUGUGAAGAAUAAGGAAGCUGUGGAGAGGAAAGUCCUGGAGCUGGGCGGGUACUUGGCGCGGUCCAGCAUUGAAGCGACGCACCUGGUAAUGGGGACCCCAACCGCCCACCGCACCGUCACCUUCAUGUGUGCACUCUCCUCCUGUAACUACGUCUUGUCGCUGCAGUGGCUUCUGGAAUCCCACGCUGAGGCCAAGUUCCUGGAGGAGGAGAAAUACUUCCUAGAGAUGCCGGAGUAUGAGAAAGUAUUCCAGUUCAGUCUGAGGGAGACGCUCGCCAAACCAAACCGAAGGCAGCUUUUCCUGGGACGGAUAUUCUUCCUUACGCCCGCCAUCAUGCCGGGCCGGACGUGGAUGAGGGAGAUCAUUGAGUGUGCCGGAGGGACAGUGGAAAAUAAGCUACGCACAGUGAAGGACGUCAAGGAAAAGAACAAAAACGAGCCCAACAAGUACAUCGUCAUCGCCACCAUCGCUGACUGCCACCUGGUGAAAGAUCUGCUGCAGGAGGGCAUGCCCGUGUACAACUCUGAGUUCAUCCUGGGCUCCAUCCUGACGCAGAAGAUCGACUUUGAGUUUGACAAGUUCACGGAGGAGGCGCAAGAACAGGAGGAGUUGUAGUCAAGUUUGUCAGCUCCGUUAUGUUAAGAGACGAGUGAUGUGAUUUUUAGGAUGUUUUAUUUUAUUCUCUUUUUCUAGUGGUAUUGAUAUUUUUAAACUUUUUUUUUAGUGGCAUUGUUUUUUGUUUUCUUCUAUGAGUUUUAACUUUUUCUUUUUCUUUUUUUAGCGGCAUUGAUGUUGUUUUCUUUUAGGGAUUUUAACUUUUUCUUUCUUUCUUUUCUUAGUGACGUUAAUUUUUUGUUUCCGGCGUGAUUUAUUUCAUACUCCGAAGGUACAAAUGGCGUGUUUUCUUCCGUUUUCGUUUUUUCAUGGGCGACGUUGAUUAUUAUUUUUUAUUAUGGACGAAUGAGUUUUUUAAUUAUUUUUUUAGUUAAGUUGUUGUUUUAGGUUAGGUCGUUUCGUUGUUUCGUUUCAGUACCACUUUUUUCAGUGUAUUCCGAGGACCGUGAUCGUAAAGUUUUAUUGAAUGUUUCUUUUCAUGUGUGGAGAAACAGAACUGACAUAAUUACAGACUUUAAUUUUUUAUUUAUUUAUUUUUUGGAGGUGUGACCUUUUUAAAUAUAUUCAGUGGACCUUCAUCUAAAAUUGAAAUUCUCUUAAACAGUUUUAUUGAAUGUUGCUUUUUGUGUAUGAAGAAACAGAACUGACAUAAUUACAGACUUCAAUUUUUUAUUAUUUUUAUUUUUAGGAUGUCACUUAAAUAUUAUCAGUGGACCUUCAUCUAAAAUUGGAAUUCUCUUAAACAGUUUUAUUGAAUGUUGCUUUUUGUGUAUGAAGAAACAGAACUGACGUAAUUUCGGUUUAAUUUUUUAUUUAUUUAUUUUUGGGAGGUUUGACCUUUUUAAAUAUAUUCAGUGGACCUUCAUCUGAAAUUGAAAUUCUCUUAAACAGUUUAAUUGAAUGUUUCUUUUCGUGUGUCGAAUUUAAGCGGAUGCAAUUUCAGACUUUUUUUUUCUUAUUUAUUUUUUGGGGGGUGUCACCUUUUAAAUACAUUCAUUGGACCUUGGUCUAAAAUUGAAACUCUCUUAGAGUUUUACUGAAUAUUUCUUUUCAUAUACGUAGAAUUAAAUCCAAGAUAAUUUCAGAAUUCACUGUUUUUAUUUAUUUAUUAAUGGGAUGUCACAUUUUUUAAUAUAUUCAGUCAAUGAUGCUGAUUUAAAAUUACAAUUCUCUUAAGCAGUUUUAUUGAAUGCGUCUUUUCAUAAACGUAAAAUUAUAUCAAACACGAUUUCAGACUUCAAUUUCUUUAUUCAAUUAUUUUCUCAGCUGUCACCUUUUCUAGUAUAUUCCACGCAGCUUCAUAAAAAAUCGGAAUUCUCAUAAACAGUUUCAUUGAAUAUUUUGUUUCGUGUCCCUAGAAUUGAUGUGACAUAAUUUCUGGCCUCUAUUUUUUAUUCAUUUUAUCAAUUUAUUUAUUAUUAUUUAUAUUCUAAAUUUCGAACGGUUUUAUUGAACGUUACUUUUCGUCAACAUAGAAUUGGAUCUGACACACACACACACACACACACACACACACACACACACACACAUACACACACACACAAUUUCAGACGUCAAAUUUUUUAGUUAAGAGAAUAGGCUGUGAAGGAAUACGUGUUUCUUAGUGUACCUUAAUAGAGUGUUAGGGAAUAAAAACCUUGAGGUGUUCCAUAAUGACAGAUCAAUCGAGGCUUCUAAAACACCAUCCCGGACUAUAUGAAGCUUAGGGUGGACUAUGCUAUGUUUGUAUCAGAUUCUAAAAGCAUACAGAUCAUAGGAAGGCUGGUUUUAGUUUCUUAUGUUGUACCUACAUGAAUCUAUUGUUUACUUUUAUUUCGUACAUAUAUUACUAGCGACCCAUUCAUCACAAAAAUUGGGCUGGCUAUGAAUAUCACCUGUUUUCCUUUGUCUAAUGUAGGAUAAUGGAAUGCUCUGAGCUUAAACCUGUACAUAACUCUGUAUAGAUUCAUUUCAUGUCACCAGUUCAUACUUUUAGAACAGCAAGGUAAGACCGAACCUCGUAUUUUGAAGUCCGCUGAGAUGGAUUUGCCUUACUCUGCGUGGUGGUUCCGAAGAGAGUGUUGAGGAGGAGAGAGUGAGUGUGAGGUGAGUCAGUGAGUGUAUGGGUCAGGGAAGCAUUUGGUAGAGGUCUCCCAUGCUUGAUUUUUUAUCUUUAUUUAUUUGUACGGUAAAGGAAACAGCUCAAGGGCAAAAAAAAAGAAAACAAUGAAAAAAAAAGCCUGCAAAUCACUUCUAUGAAAAGAGUUAAGAGGAUUGGCCAAAAGAGAGGUCAGUUUUGGGAGGAGAGGUGUCCUGAUACACUUAUGUUCUGGGAUAGGCGAUCAUGAAGUAAAACAAUGGUACAGUAGACAUCAGGUUAAUAAGGAUGGGUUCUUUGUGUCAUCGAAAACAUCAUCAUCAUCAUCAUCAUCGUUUAACGUCCAUUUAUUCCCUAUGGUGGGGUUGGACGGGAUAUGAGCCUCCUCUACUCCUCAUGGAAAACCCCCAACCCGUACUAUGAUAUAUGGACGUCACGGUUUUGAAAUAAUUAUCAAAGACCUGCACAUAAGCAAAAAUAUAUUAAAUCGUCUAUAUAUAAGUAAAGACAACCGAUCUUAAAAUCAUAAAAACAAACCAGAUGGAACGUAAAAAGUGCAAACAGAGGUAGUAAAAGAAUGACAAAAGAGUGGAACAUUGUACACUAAUCCAUCCUAAAGCGUGGAAGACCUGCAUCAAUUAGAGUGCAUAGCAUGAAUGAGUAUGAAGGAGAUAAGAAUAAGAAUGAAUGAAGUGUAUGAGUGAAAGAAGGUUUGGUGUUAUUUAAGAAUCACUCAGGCCUUCAACAGGGUCAUAUGAAGAAGUAUUAGAAGGCCUAGCAGUGUUUUAAGAGUACCCAAGAUAAGAGAGAGAGAGAGAGAGAGAGAGAGAGAGAGAGA